UCUCAAAUUAGGGUUCUAAUUCUAAGUAAUUAUCCGUUUCAAUGGUACUUUUUAUUUGUGAUGACGGGUGGUGGAUAUCAAUUUUGCUUGCUUUUGGUGCUAUGUAUCUUCUUCUUUUUUCCCCUGUAUUUUCUUCCCGGUUGUCAGAAAAGCAUAAUUCAAUAUUUGAAUUACCCUUAAAAUUCUCUCUGCAAUCUAAUUCCUGGUUUUAAGUUUGAAAGGAAGGUUCUUGUAGGUGAUUGUAUGGCUAAUAGAAUCUCUUGGAUCAUAUUUCUGGAUAUUAGUAUCAGUAGUUGAUGUUUAUCAGAUGAGCUUAUUCAUGCCAACCAAACUCUAAAUGUUAGAUUGUUGAUUGAAUGUAGCUUAGUGAUUGUUGAAGCUGAACAAGUAGAGUGAUUCUGUUGAUAGGAGUCCCUGAAAUGUAUAGGCCUGUGGCUGCUUCGUCGGCCACACCGCGCGGUGGAUUGCCUACUGACAGUGGGGACUCUGUUGUCACUUUGGAUCAAGUUCCGCGAUGGAGUAAUGCUGACCAGUCUUUGGGGUAUGAAAAUGGAGAUUCUCCAUUUUCUAGUUCAUACUUUCCUGAUCCUUUAGCAUCACACUCAGGAGCAGACAGUGGUGAUGGCAGCAAUUCAGUGUCAAGAUUUCCCAUUGACCAUGAAGUAAAUUCAAAGAUAUAUUUGUGGAGGGGGAAUCCCUGGAAUCUGGAGGUAGAUGCUAUGGUAAAUUCGACAAAUGAGAAUAUGGAUGAAGCACACAGCAGCCCUGGAUUGCAUGGUGCAGCUGGACCUGGUCUUGCAGAAGAAUGUGCGACUCUGGGUGGAUGUCGAACAGGGAUGGCUAAAGUUACCAAAGCAUAUGACCUUCCUGCUAGGAGAAUUAUCCAUACUGUUGGCCCAAAGUAUGCUGUAAAGUACCAUACUGCGGCAGAGAAUGCUUUAAGUCAUUGCUAUCGCUCUUGCUUGGAGCUUUUAAUUGAAAAUGGGCUUCAAAGCAUUGCUAUGGGUUGUAUUUAUACGGAGGCAAAGAACUAUCCCCGAGAACCAGCAGCGCAUGUAGCUAUAAGAACUGUGCGGCGGUUUCUUGAGAAGCAAAAAAGCAACAUAACAGCCGUUGUCUUUUGCACUACCAGCACAACCGAUACUGAGAUAUAUAAAAGGUUGCUUCCACUUUACUUUCCUCGGGAUAAACACGAGGAGCAGGUUGCUUUGUCAAAACUUCCUGCAGACGUUGGGGAUGAAAAUGGUGAGACCAUCAUAGAUGAGCGUAAAAUCAGAAUAAAGUCUUUGCCUAAAAUGAGUGUUUCAAAACCACCUGAAGUUCCAGUUGAUCUUCCUGUCAGUGAUGUUGGAUUGGUUCGCAGGAAUUCAUAUUUAGAUUCAUUUCUGGAUCCUGCCUUCAUGUCAUUGAUUAAAGACCCUGAUCAAAAGCGUCUGGAGCAGUGGGAGAAAACUGCUGAAGCACAAAGGGGCUGGAAUUGUGCUAAAUUGCUUGGAUAUGGUGACCUUGGGGGACCUCCUUUGUCUGCUGCCGAAGAAUAUUCUCUUCACUCUAGAUAUCUAGCUAAAGCAAAUUCUUUGAAUCUUUCUGAAAUUGCAGAAAUGAAAAUCAUUUAUCGUGGAGGGGUAGACACUGAGGGUCAUCCUGUCAUGGUUGUUGUGGGGGCUCACUUUUUGCUCAGGUGUCUCGAUCUGGAGCGAUUUGUAAUCUAUGUUGUGAAGGAGUUCGAGCCUUUAAUACAUAAGCCUUAUUCUAUUGUCUACUUCCACUCUGCUGCAUCUCUGCAGAUGCAGCCAGACCUAGGUUGGAUGAGAAGAUUGCAACAAAUACUUGGUCGGAAGCACCAGCACAACCUGCACGCAAUAUAUGUACUUCACCCAACUUUUGGACUAAAAGCGACAGUAUUUGCACUUCAGAUGUUUGUGGACAAUAUGAUUAAUUUUCAGGUUUGGAAGAAAGUUGUAUAUGCUGAUCGACUUCUGCAGCUCUUCAGAUACGUACCUCGCGAACAGCUGACCAUCCCAGAUUUUGUGUUUCAGCAUGACUUAGAAGUGAAUGGAGGGAAGGGUGUUAUUGUGGAUCCCAGAACAAAAUAUGUGUAUCACAGACCAUGACACAUGCAGUUGUAUAUCAUUUGGUUGAUAAAAGAGGAUCAUUUGCUGCAGUUUCUUCAUUUUUUACCUUGUCCUCAUUCCCGCUGGUAACAGAAGAGUUGCAUGAGUUUGAAAUGUGUAUGAAAGUAUUUUUUUUUUUAUUAUUAUUAUUUUUUUGAAUUUUUGGAAGCAUUGGUAAGUUUUCUGUAUGUAUGUAUUGUAAUUGAUCGUGGAAGCGAGUUGGUUGGCUUUUUUUAAUUGUCUUGUACAUUCAAGAGACCAUAUUUUCAAUAAA